AUGGCAGGAGGUCAGUUCUCACCAGCACUGCUGGUGCUUCUUUGCCAUGUUCUCUUUGGCAGCUCUUCCUUCCAGCCGGCUCUGGUGCUGGACAUGGCAAAAAUUCUACUAGACAACUACUGCUUCCCUGAGAAUCUGCUCGGCAUGCAGGAGGCCAUUCAGCAAGCCAUCAACAGUGGAGAAAUCCUCAAAAUAUCUGACCGCAAGACCUUGGCAUCUGUGCUGACGGUUGGCGUGCAGGGUGCACUCAAUGACCCUCGGCUAACUGUGUCCUUCGAGCCAAACUUUGUCCCAGUGAUGCCGCCCGCCCUCCCUUCUCUCCCCACUGAGCAGCUCAUCCGUCUGGUAAGGAACUCUGUGAAGCUGGAGGUCCUUGAAAACAACGUGGGCUACCUGAGGAUCGACCAGAUUAUAGGGGAGGAGACGGCCGCCAAGCUUGGCCCGCUGCUCCAGGACAACAUCUGGAACAAGGUCGCCCACACCUCCUCGUUAAUUUUUGAUCUGCGCUACAGCACAGCUGGGGAGCUGUCCGGAGUCCCUUUCAUCAUCUCCUACUUUUCCGACCCAGAACCUCUCAUUCACAUUGACACAGUGUUCGAUCGACCCUCUAACACCACUAAGGAGCUGUGGACUAUGUCAUCUAUCAUGGGAGAGAGGUAUGGAAAGCAAAAGGACCUCAUCAUAUUAACCAGUAAGCGUACUAUGGGAGCGGCUGAGGCAGUCGCCUACACUCUGAAGCAUUUGAAGAGGGCGAUCAUUGUUGGAGAGAGGUCAGCCGGGGGGUCAGUGAAAGUUGAGAAGAUAAGAAUUGGAGAUUCUGGUUUCUACAUCACGAUUCCAGUGGCCAGGUCAGUGAACCCAAUAACAGGCCAAAGCUGGGAAGUGAGUGGAGUUUCUCCCUCUGUACAUAUCAAUGCCAAGGAGGCUGUUGCUAAUGCCCAAAAUCUACUGUCUGUCAGGAGUGCCAUUCCAAGGGCCGUCCAGAGCGUCUCUGACAUCAUCAGGCAGUACUACUCAUUCACAGACAGAGUACCGGCUUUCCUUCAACAUCUGGAAUCCACUGAUUUCUUCUCUGUCAUUUCAGAGGAGGACCUGGCGAAUAAACUCAACAAUGAACUGCAGUCUGUGUCAGAGGACCCUCGUCUGAUGAUCAAACUGACCCAAGAUCACCCAGUUAUUAUUGAGGAAGACUUUGAACCUGAGAACAUACCAGGCGAUCCAGCAUUUCUCAGGAACCUGGUGGAUACAAUCUUCAAAGUAAGCAUCCUAACUGGAAACACUGGUUAUCUCCGCUUCGACAAGUUUGGAGAUGUGUCAGUGAUGGUCAAAUUAGGAGAGCAGAUUGGCCAAAAAAUCUGGGAGGCCCUCAAAGACACAGAGAACCUCAUCAUCGACCUGCGAUACAACACAGGUGGGUCCUCAGCUUCCAUGGGCAUCCUGCUCUCCUUCCUCCAAGACCCGUCACAACAGUUCCACUUCUUCACCAUAUACGACAGGAUCCAGAACACCACCACUGAGUUUAACACUCUUUCCGGCCUCCCAGGCCCACCCUACGGGUCUAAACGUGGAGUGUACAUCCUGACUAGUCACUAUACCGCCAGUGCAGGGGAGGAAUUUGCUUAUCUGAUGCAGUCGCUGCACCGUGGCACCCUCAUCGGGGAAAUCACAUCCGGGACCCUGAUGCACUCCAAGUCAUUCCAGGUGGAAGACACGGACAUUGUCAUCACUGUCCCCUUCAUAAACUUCAUAGACAACAACGGCGAGUGCUGGCUAGGUGGAGGCGUGGUCCCCGAUGCCAUAGUGCUUGCUGAGGAAGCCGUGGACCACGCCCAUGGGAUAAUAGAGUUUCACAGGGAGGUUCUCUCACUGGUGGAGGGGACGGGGAAGCUCCUGGAAGUACACUAUGCCAUCCCUGAGGUCGCCAACAAGCUCAGUAGAGUGCUGCUCACCAAAUGGGCCGAGGGCUCGUAUCGAUCGGUGGUCGACUAUGAGUCUCUGGCAUCCCAGCUAACAGCUGACCUCCAGGAGACGUCAGGCGACCACCGGCUGCACAUAUUCUACUGCGACGUCGAACCCGAGUCUCUGCAUGAUAUGCCAAAAAUCCCGACAGCUCAGGAGGUGGGUUACAUCAUUGACACUCUGUUCAAGAUCGAGGUGAUGCCCGGGAACGUGGGCUAUCUGAGGUUCGAUAUGAUGGCAGACAUAGAAGUGAUGAGAGCCAUCGGCCCUCAGCUGAUCAAACUGGUCUGGAGCAAGCUGGUGAACACGGACACAAUGAUCAUCGACAUGAGAUACAACACAGGUGGUUACUCCACAGCCAUACCACUCCUCUGUACCUACUUCUUUGAUGCUGAGCCCCUGAGACACCUCUACACCGUCUUUGACCGCUCUACAACCACCAUGACCGAGGUCAUGACCCUGCCUCAGAUCCAGGGUCAGAGGUACGGCUCCACCAAAGAUAUCUACAUCCUCACUAGUCACAUGACGGGGUCAGCAGCCGAGGCAUUCACGCGGGCCAUGAAGGACCUGAACAGGGCGAUGGUGAUCGGGGAGCUGACCAUCGGAGGGUCCCUGUCCAGCGGCACCUACCAGAUCGGGAAUAGUAUCCUGUAUGCCUCCAUACCUAACCAGGUGGUCCUGAGUGCUGUUACUGGGAAGGUGUGGAGUGUCUCUGGGGUCGAGCCACACGUUGCUGCCCAGGCAAAUGAUGCUCUGAGUGUUGCACAGAGAAUCAUUGCAGCCAGGCUUUUAAAGCGAGAUAAAGGGAAAUAG